AUGGCCCAAGGGAGGUCUGACUCUGCUUCGCCAAAAAGCGACAACUCACCAAGAAAGUUGGAUCUAUCCGAUGAGAAGCACUCAGAUAUACCUGAUGGGCUUGAUUAUGUUCCAAUCACGCCGAGCGACUUGGCCGAAAAGGCCGAAGAAAUCAAGCGCAAGCUGCAAGAUACACAUCGACACAAGUCUGAAGUGGUCAAGAUGAUCAUGUCAAACCAGAGCCCUAAAAUAUCGACCGAACUCGGAAAUAGGUUGGGAAACCUGCGAAUCUCUUUCUUGCUUGUGACGGUCAUCAAUCACAUCGCCGAUAAUCAAAUUCGGCAAGCUAGAAAACAAGCAAAGCAGUCCCUUAGCCUCGCACAAGCUUCAAAUGACAAGCUUUCUAUUGCUCGUUGUCGUUACUGGAUAGGUCGAAUCGAAUUUGAAAAGCAAAAUAUGGAGGCGGCCCAUGAUCACUUUCUUGCUGCGCGCCCUUGUCUCAUGGAUAAUAUCAACCCAGAGGGAGAGACUGUUCAGUUCUACCUGAACGCAUCAAGGAGGGGAAUAUCUGAACAGUAUCUCAAGCGCAUAUUACUUCAACAUAAUGAGGCCUUGGUCGAGAACGCCCCUCAUGAGGGACCGUUCAGGCGCCCAAAUCAACUAUCACGAAAACGCAAGUGGGAAGUCCAACCGUGGAAAGUUGCCCUCCGGCCAGCACCUGUAAACAAAGGUGGAAGGAGGCAGAAUCAGUAUCCAGAAGUCACUAUAACAAAGUCUUCAAAAAGCUUGAAAGAGCGGAUCGUCAGAGACAUGCCUGACAUUCCUUUCGGACCGAAAUACAGUCCGGGCACAAGCAAGCCAUAUCAGAACUUAUCGGGUGCUGACGGACUUCAUGGCAUCUCUGAUGCCACCGGGCAGUCAACAGACUUUAUCAGUACAGAUGGAAUGGGAGCUCACAACUCUCAUACUUUGGAAGGCAUGGAGCGGCUACAGGCGGCAAAUUCUCGCCCGCGCCUAGAGCAGCGUGGGAAAUUUACCCUUAGAUGUUAUCCUGUAGGGCUCGCGCCGCGAACUCGUCCAACGGAUAUCUUUUCAAGACUACCGGGUGAAGUUCUGUUACCUGCUCAGGAGUGGGAGUCUCUAAGAAACCAGAUGAGCAAUCGUGCAAUCACCAUGGCCUAUCUGGCCAGGGAGAGGCAGCUCAUAUUGUCUAGAAAGGAGGAAAUUUCGCGGAUCAUUGGGACACAAGACGAUUGA